ACAUUAAACUUUCGAACGACCAAACAUUCUGAGUAUAUGGAAAUUUAUGAAUUUCCCCCCAUCCUCAAUCCUAUACAUAGGGUUCACCUAGACGAAAACCAUAAUAACUAUAAUCUCCUGGGGCAUAGCAGAUCUCCAAGAAGGCUCACAGAAAAUGGCAAAGUCACUGGUGACUUUCUUUCUUUGUUUUUACAUGUCGGUGAGCAAUGUCCUGACAUCCUGUCCUGGUCGCUGUAAAUGUCAAGAUCUGAACAUGUUUUGUGCCAACGUUGGAUUGGAGACUGUACCUGAACCCCCAGAGAACUCACCUGUGAAAUACCUUGGUUUAGGCGGCAACUUCAUUAACUCCAUUGCUUCUGCGGAUUUUACAUUUUAUACAAGCCUGAAAAGGUUGGAUUUACAAUAUAAUUCAAUCGGUACUAUUCCAUAUGGCACAUUUGAGUCUCUUGGAAAGGUAAACGAACUUUAUUUGGGGAAUAACCGUGUUUCUCAACUUAAAAACCAGACUUUUACUGGACUCAUAAGCCUCCAUUAUUUGGACUUAAGCAACAAUCGCAUAUCCACUAUUUUGGCAGGAGCGUUUUAUAAUUUGGAAAGUCUCACCAAGCUGAGAUUGAGUGGGAAUGCUUUAUCUGCAAUAACAAGUGGCUUAUUUGUUCAUCUUCAAAAACUAGAGUUCUUACAUUUUGAAAACAACAGGAUAUCCACGAUAACCAGAAACGCAUUUAAAGGACUUGGCAAUCUUAUAGAGUUGCAUUUUACUGGAAACAAUUUAACAAGUUUGAUCGAGGGUGUGUUUCGGCAUUUACCUGCGCUUUCAAAUUUACAUCUCGACAAGAACAGCAUCACAGUUUUAAGAAGGGGAGUUUUUAAAACCCUAACAACCCUACAAAUACUGUCUUUAAGUCACAAUCGCAUUUCUGAGAUCGAUUCAGGCGCAUUCGCGGGACUAUUCAGACUAAAAUCACUGAAACUGAAUGGAAACUGCAUUUCUGCAAUCGGGACACAUUUUUUAAGUAACUCUCCACAACUGGAAGAGAUUGACUUAAGCCACAACAAAAUCAGCACCGUGAAUGAAUAUGCAUUCGAAAACGUACCGUCCCUUAAUAUUUUAAAACUAAAUAAUAACACGCUUACCUAUUUAAACCCAGAUGUGUUCAGCACCGCUGCUCAACUAUCCAGUUUAAAAUUGAACGACAAUCCAUGGCACUGCAACUGCGACUUGAUUCAUCUGAAAGACUGGCUACAAUCAUCUUCGGACAGACUCCGAAUCAUGACAGUGUUUGUUAAGUGCGCGGAACCAAAAAGCCUAAUGGGGAAAUAUCUUGAUUUUGUAAGCAAUGCAGAAAUCCAAAAAACAGACAAUUGGUGUGCAGAUUUGAUGUCAGCAGAUGAUCCUGGGUACUUUACAAGCAUAAAUGCAGAACACCGGAGAAUAACACAUUCCAAAGCCGAAGAGCUCAAAGAAAAUCAGACAAUGCCAACACCAUCUCGUACGACAUCGGAUGCAAGUACUGUCAUCACUAUAAUUAAAAAUGAAUCCAAACGCCACAUUAUCACCCCAACACUUCAAGAAACAACAAACGAAGUCACAACACCACAGAUCCUAACCACUGCGGAUAUGCUAGACAGCACCACAACUUCCAACAAAGAACCGCAGACAAAGGGCUCUGAGAUUCAAGAUGCAUGUUUGUAUAACCAGUUUACUAUUUGUAAUAUUUCUGCGGAUGAAGUCACCUCCAGUUCAGCUAGAAUAAAAUGGAGUGUGCGGAAUAAUUACAACAAAUUGGUCUAUUUUAGAAUCAUGUAUGAUCAGUUUGACCGGGAGACUAGAUUCAGUCGAUUCAUAAACAUCAAACGAGGACAUGUGUGUGAUUUGCGUGAUCUUAGAUCCUCGACACCCUAUUUUAUUUGUGUGGAAAGCGUUGUCAACGAAAGAGUAUGUCCUGUUGCCUCAAGAGAUCUCUGCGUUGGAAUUGUCACAAAAGAUGGAACCACUUUUAUUCCAGACCGCCAGGCUGUGAUACUGUAUUUCAGCGUGGGGAAUGCGGUGGCAUUAAUAGGUAUAUUGGUAGUUGUUGUUUCUGUAAUCAUUUAUAAAAAUAACAAAAAAAGAUCUAAUGAAACUGCGAGUAUGAUGUACUCCCAAAACAGGAAAGACACUUGUACAGUUUGCGCUGGUCUCCCAUGGGAAUAUAACUGUGGGCAUCACUCCAACAGCUCCAGAACAGGCACUUACCAAGCAAACGAAAUAGAUGCUAUCGACCUGCCACAGGGAGAUUAAAAAGUUUAUGACAAACAUGUUUUCCACCAGUUUGGGAUAAACGUGCACUUUAUUGACACCUUUAUCCUUCGCUUUACACAAGACUGUUAAAAUUGUUAUUUUGGAAAGAAAUAGGGUUUCGUAUAUUUCGUAUUCACUGGUCUUUCAUGGCUGGUAAACAUCUUGUAGGUUUGACCAAUAUGAUGAUACCAAUAUUCUUCCCCAAAAUCAGACCUGGUACUGUAUAUUGGUUCUGUGGCAACAGUAGUAGGCAGAUAACACAUUUAUUCAAAAUCCACGGUGUAGAAAAACACUAUACAAAACAUUAAGACAAUUGUAACAGUGGGGGAAAAAAAAUCCAAAUGAUGAUUAAAAUAUACCAAGGUUAAACAAAAUUUCUCAUGACUAUAAAAGCUUCUCUGUAUGUAUGCUAUUAUUCUGUUAUUUGUUUCUUUGUUAUAUAAAAUUAUAUAAAAUUAUUUAGAAAUAUAUAUGAGAAAGUGUUUAUAAUUAUGCAAAAACUACCAAGUUACUUAAUCAAGCUGUACUUUUUUUUGUAAUUUUGAUGUUCACUAAUUCGAACAGGUGAUUCUUUAAUGUUGAUAAGCUAUGCUUUACACCUACUGUAUUUAUAUUAUUUAUAAUGGUAGUCUAAUUAUACACGAGUUAUUGGUAUUGCUGCUCUCUGUGGGUGGGGAAAAAACACCAUAAAGAGGUAUGAUCUAGUGGAAUGUCAUAUCAGAUGGAUUGGCUGUAAACAAAAUUGAUAUUUUACUGGACACCACUCGUUAUGGACCUCGCACAUCUAGAAUACAGCGCACUUGUAAAGACAGUCUAAAGUGGGGAGGAUCUACAAACUCAAAACGCGCUGUCGCUUUACAGCACCAACGCGCGUUUAGGAUGUGUGAGAAUAGUAGUUGUAAGGGCAAAAUCAUACAUGCUCCACUCACAGGGAUACACAGAUAAACUACACAGUGGGCAGACAUUGCAUUUCUCUAUAAAUCCACAAGACGGCAGUGUCCUACCAUAGGAACGGAACACUGGAAUUGAAUGCAUAGUUGUGAACACUGGCGUUAGUGAA